AUGCUCCCAUCUUCCUUGCACCGGGAACAAGCGUCGAACGGCCACACCUCAAUCAUCCGCCAUCCACCAUCCACACGUGUCUAUCGACCCGCACCCUCACGUCUCCUUGAAUCGAUAAGACCCAGCCAAGUCGACCUGUUCACCCCGUUCAAUCUUCCCGACCCAGCAGCUCCCGAGAGUACCGCAAAUUUCGACGACGUACAAUGUAGCGACAACCCAUCGCCCUUCGAUACCGAUCUGGAUAUGGCCCUGCAAGGAAGAGAACUGAUCCUUGCCGCCAUCACAUGCUUCAUAGCCUGGGGCUACGCCGUCAGCUGGGUCCCGGUCUUGAGAUGGGUAGGAUACGCCUUGGUCGGAGGGGGCAUCUUGACCGUUGUCGCCUUGCUCACCCUCGUCCUCACUACGUCGCGUGGCUUCAGGCGCGGUUUGCGACACCGAUCCCCGCGUCCAAAUGGCCCUGCAUUCCUCGCACCCAAGGCCUGGACCCAACAGGUCUCAAGCCUUCGAGCACGGCAGGCCUACUCGAAAGUUGCCCUCGACCCCAACUCCAGACGCAUCUCCAAAGCCCUCGACGACCUCCUUGAACUCAUCAUACGAGACUUUGUCAGCUCUUGGUAUUCCAAUAUCAGCAAGAACCCGGUGUUCUCCAAUGAGGUCGAUAAAGCUGUGCGCGAUGCCCUCAUCCACAUCCGAGAGCGCCUCCUGGAGCUCGACCUCGUUGACAUCGUCACAACACGAGUGGUUCCGUUAUUGAACGCACAUUUCCGUGAUUUCUACGAGGCUGAGCGAGCUGUUCGAGGGAAGAAGCUCAAUCGAUCGGUGACGGAAUCGGAGGAGCUGGAUCUCGCAAUUGCCUCUAAAUACAAGGAUGGGAAGCUUCACCCAGCAGCUUCAUUGUCAUUCCCCGACACGAAGCUUGUGCAACAAGAUUAUUUGCGAAACAUGGUCUCUGGCAUUCUGCCAAAAGUCCUACAGCCCAACGUGCUGGCCAGUCGAGCCGUCUCAAGCAUCAUUCGAGAGAUCGUGGCUUGCGCUGUGCUGUUUCCCGUUAUGCAAAUCCUGGCUGAGCCCGAUACCUGGAAUCAAGUGAUGGAAAACUAUGGACGUUCGAUGUUGCAAGAUCGGUCGACAGUCCGGAAGUUAAGAGCGGCGUUGGAUCAACAUGCUUCUCCACUGCCAAGGUCCAGCAAGGCUGCCAUUAUACCCCGUCUCUCGCCCACCGACAGCGAGAGAAAGUUCGAAAAGUUUAUCCGCGCAAUACGGAAAGUCAGCAAUCUCUCGGAUGCUAGGCGGCUACGGAGCGAGGUUGCGAGCCAGCUGAAGCGGGACUCUCUAGAGGAAAACCAGGAUCAGGUCUACCUCAGACGACUAGAGAUGGGCAAGCGACUACUGGAUCAGCGCGUUCAGCUUCUUGCCGUCGGCGGAAGUCGACAGACGUCUGCGACUUUACCCGCCCGUCCGUCCGGUGCUCCACAGGCACCCUCCAAGCUCGAGAACGCAUCUCUCGUUGAACUGCUUCGGGAUGCAUCAGGCUUAUCGUAUUUCAUGGAGUUUAUGGACCGUCACCGCAUGAUGCCUCUGGUCCAAUUUUGGCUAGUUGUUGACGGCUUCCGCAACCCUUUGGAGGAUGAGGGUCAGGACGACGAGCAUCUGCCGUCCAAUUUGCCGAUGUGGACAGAUUCUGACCGUCUGGAUUUGGCCCAGAUUGACCACGCAUAUCUAUCCAAGUCCGAACUGAAGGUUUCAAACGCUUCUCGAGAUGAGGUCCGCGUUUUCCUGAGCGCUGGUAAGACAGCUACUCCUGAGCAGUACUACAGAGCUCGCAGAGCGAUUUUGAGGGCUCAGGCAGCUGUUUUGGACGCAAUGCAAGCCCAAUACUUCCAGGCCUUCAAGAAGUCUGAUCUCUUUUACAAGUGUCUGGCCGCACAAGAAGCAUCAGCAACAAGCGCACCUCUCCCCGCUGCAGAGCCGUCGGCAUCCACUCAAGGACAUCCGCCGACGUAUCGAAGCUCCCAUUCUUUCCAAUUCAAGCCUAAUCCCGUCACCCGUAUAGCCCCUAGGCUAACACGACCGCUGUCAAGGCGAGCUGGUUCAGUGUCGGAUUUGGCCAGCCUAAGCCCAAACGGCAGCGGUUCUGAAUCGCUUUCUAAGCAACGUCGCUCCUUCGAGGAAGACGCUUCAACCCCGCUGUUCGACGACGAUGACUUCGAUCAAGAGGGUAUGAUGGACUCGAUCCAAAGCCUUGACCAGGACGCAGGCAAGCCUCCUGUGCCAGAUACGAACGUGGUGCAAGCAAUGGAAGAAGCUUUGAACAAUAUUAUGGAGGACAAUCGGCCGCAAACAGCCGAGGAGUUUAGAGAAUCACUGUUUGGUGCGGAUGAUCAAGUCGACCGGUCAAGUCUGUUUUCUGGAGAUAACGAAUCCCUCCGCGGAUCACUUGAAAUGGCAAGGCCUGCACCUUCCUCCAAGGAGGUUGAUAAACCAAGUCUGGCAUCUCUGGGCCUUGUGAGUGCGGCAUCUCGCAUCGGAGUAUUCGUGGAUGACGAUCUUUUCGGUGAUGAGGACAAGUACCUCUCUGACGAACGAGAUGAUCCGGAAGAAGAGGCGAAAGGCGAUGUGGAGGACGAGAUCCAGGAGGCGGCUCCAGGCGAUCUCGGACUAGCAGAAGCUAUUACGGCUUUGUCUAAUGACAUCGACCGCCUCGUAGCACAAGAUGCUAUAGUCGAGUCACUGACGAAGAAGGCAGAGCUCACCAACAACACGGCGGAGCUUCGUAUCCUGCGGAAAUCCAAGGCGAGUCUGCAACGCGAGAUCCGGCGCAAGGAACUUCAAAGGCAACAGUACGUUGUUCAGGAGAGCGACAACAGCCUGUACGGGCGGUCAACGAUCAAGAUCAAGGCCAUACAAGUGGGCAGGGAAGACGAUGGGAGGGAAUUCGCUCUGUAUGUGAUUGAGGUACAAAGAGAUGCUGGAGAGAAGAUGCCAGCCGCGACGUGGAUGGUCACUCGCCGAUAUAGCGAGUUCCACGAGUUGCACCAGAAACUUCGCUCAAGAUAUCCAUCUGUUCGCAAUCUUGAAUUUCCCAGGCGAAGGAUGGUCAUGAAGUUCCAGAGUGAAUUUCUUCGCAAGCGACGGACUGCCCUUGAGAAGUAUCUCCGGGAUCUCCUCGAGCUUCCAGAGGCUUGCAGGAGUCGGGACUUGCGAGCAUUCUUGUCGCAAAGUGUGAUAGCGCAAGGUCAAGAUAUUGUGGACCGCGAGGACAAGAAAGAUAUGAUCACGAGGUUAUACGACUCCGUUACGGAUGGCAUGGAAGACAUCCUGGGCAACAUUCCUGUUCUGGACCAGUUGUCUCUGGCUGGUCAGAAUCUCAUCGCGGCAGCCACAAACCAGCUGAAUGCUAUGCCACUGCCUGCUAACGAGGACGGUGUCGGCGCUGCUGAGGCUGAGGCUGAACUGAACGCUUUCGAGAACAAGGAGCUAGAGUCUUUCAUCAAGCCUAUCUGCGACAUCUUCCUGGAAGUCUUUGAACUCAACCGAGGUAAUAACUGGCUUAGGGGGCGUGCUGUGGUCGUUGUCCUUCAACAGCUGCUAGGCGGAACAAUCGAGCGUAAGGUUCGAGACAACGUCAAGAUGCUCGUACAAGAAGAUGCCAUCAUUAGGUAUAUCGCCCUGCUCAGGGAUAGCAUGUGGCCCGGUGGGGAGAUGAAUAAGAAUAAGCAACCCAGGACGGCAUCGGAGAAGAAGAAGACGAGAACGGAAGCCAGCUUGAUGUUGGCUACUCUUAUACCCGACCUAGCAGGAAGCGUUGUCGGAAGAGUGAAUGCUCAAGCAGCCAGCCGGCGUGUGUUUGCAACCUUUAAUAAUUCGAGGCUCAAGUAA